AUGCACGACUUAGAAGCAAAUAGAGACAGUGUUAAUUAUUUAUUAAAAAAACUAUGUUCAUCCAUACUGCAUCAAGAGGAAGUAGCUAUCGACGUAGAUCAACAUUGCGUUAAAAAGCUGAAGGCAUUGGCAUUCAAUAUCCUCUUGUCGAGCAAUGAACGGGAGGAGGAGUUUGAGUCCCAACGGGCGCUCGAGAUGCAGAUGUUUUCAACCAAAAUCAGCUCUCGUCCAAAUAAUGUAAAGUCAUCGGAGUUUGAGAAGCAAUUGGAAGACAUUAGAGGAGAGCCCUAUUUCAACGUGGGACCAGGUAAAUAUGUAGUGCAGUUGCUUUUGGCUCUUAAAACGGAUGUACAUGACGAACCCGAAAUAACCAAUACCACUCCUCAGCCUUUACUGAUACCUGGCAGUUUUACCCUACAUGCUAGUUCCAUCAAUAAUAAACAUUAUCCCGGGUUUAGCGAUUACGAUAUUAUGAAUCCAAAACCAAGAUUCUUCAAGGGUAUUCGAGAACUGAAAUCCCCGGACAAUCCGUACUUGCCGCAGUUCGUGUUCGAAGGUGAAAGAGACAAACUAAUGGCCAUGAAUGACAAAUUUACUAACUCACAUACAAUGAUUUGUGAUGGUGAUGUGUCUGAAGUUACUUUCACGGGUAUGACAAAACGCUUGUUGGGAUCUGCAUUGCGCAUUAAUACAUCUUCUUUGCGAUUAUUCCCGGAAACAAUUUUUCAACACAAAAAACGUUUUAAGUCAAAAAAGAGACCAGAGUCAAUGCUCCACGAUAUAGGUUAUGAAGCUUCCGACAAUGAAAAAGAGUACCAUAUUUUCUCUUGGAAUUGGGAAGGACUAGGAUGUUUCGGCAUAUCAUGUUUGAGACCUUUUGUUGGUGAUACCAGUGUUACACUGUUAUUGCAGAGUUAUAUAACAAAGGCCAAUAAUAAACCAGCCCCUGCAAAAGUUCUAGAUGAGAAAUGUUUUAUCGCCGAUUUGAAAUUGUUAACAGUCGGCUUACAAUCGGAUACAUUUCAUCACGACGAGCUAAUCGUGUUCUAUAUGGAACCCUACAUUACUAUCGAAGGUGUACUGCCGGCAACAAUUAAAAAUUUAGUGGUAGAAUUCAUGGAAUGUGGAACGUGUUAUAAAAGACUACAGACCAUGAUUAUGAAGAGAGACUACAAACUUAUGUUCGAAGGAUUCAUGUUCAAGGCCUUGUGCGGUGCUAUCGACGAAUAUUUAAUGACUUUUCGUCAAUUCGUUUUUGGGUACGACGAUAAGCAUUUAGUAGGCUUCCACCAGCGUAUCAAAAAAAUUAUGAAACAAAUAAUUUGUCUUUCUUACACAUUGGCGAUUCAUCCGAAAGUCGAUCCCAAUGUAAAACCUCCAAUGGGAUCUCAGUUCCUUGGUUAUUUGUACAGAGAAAUAAUGCGUUUGACAGAGAAUGACUUAAUCGCUGUCCUUAUUUAUUUAUUGAAGAAGUGUUGUCACGUUUACUUCAAACACCUGCAAAAAUGGAUCUACUAUGGUCUGCUUGAUGAUCCCUGUAAUGAGCUUUUUGUAACAUUUGUGGACCACUAUAGAGAAAACACGAAAUAUUUCUAUGACAAAGCUUAUUCUGUCCGUAGAGAAGUUGUACCUGAUUUCUUUCAAAAUUUUGAGGAUCAAAUACUGCAAUGUGGCAAAUACACUAUGCUACUAAAGGCGUAUGCCCCAAACCACCCCCUGUUUGAAUUGGAAUAUCCGCCCAUAUCGGUGUGCCUUUCAAUUAAGGAGAUAGAGAGCUUGGAAGAGACUUGCAAAUCCUAUUUCGACAAUGCUUGUAAACUUUGUUCGAGUCCAAUAUCAAUAAGCGAAGUCUUCGAGACAAGAAAGGAGGCAAAACGACAAUUUUUUCAACGCAUGCUAGAGAGAUCCCGCGCGAAUAUAGAGCGAUGGAACGACGAACAAAACGAUAUGGCCCAGGCUGCAGCUGAACGGAAGAAGAAACUUCUCGAAGAGCUAUCAACUCAACUGCAAGAUGCCCGGAGACGCAAAAUUCUUGAACGCAAGGCGAAUGUGGAGAAUGAGCUCAAGUGUAUGCGCGAAGCAGAGAAGGUUGAGCAGCGUCGCCUAGAAACAGAUAACAUUAAUCUUCGCAAACGUAUUGAGUACUAUCAUGAAUUGCACAAUAUGUUGGUCGAGAAGGUCCCGGGCAAAGAAACUAACUCCAAAUUAUCUUUAGUGAUCCCAACCGGAUGUAUGUUCCAGCCUUCUCCUCGAACUCCGGUAAGUACAGCUGGAACCGAAUUUGAAUCUUGUUUCGGCGAUGAUGAGCAAACGUCGGAAUAUGAGGAAUGCAUAUCAGACGACUUCGUAGAUAAGUUCAAGGGUAAUGAGGAUGAACUGCAAAUCGCAAGGAAAGCGAAUGAAAACGAAACAAAUGGACGCGACACAAUGAUACCAGUACUUAAUGAGGGCAAAUCUAAUGCCACUGAUGUCGACAUAGAACGCAGCGCGUCCGAUUUAAUAAACGCCAACGAAUUACCUGAUCAACCGGCUAAUAUAUUGCAGCAAAAUCGUCUGAAAGCAAUGUCGGGUACACAUGUUGAAUGCUGUGUAAAUUUUGAAAGUACUUCUGUUGCGGGCGUCUUGGGAAAUGCGAGACCGCUAAGUGAUGCUGAGACCAAUAAGCUACGAGUCUUGACAGAAGAGUUCGGAUUUCAAAGUAGUGAUCCUAAGAACUUAUUGCUACCAGACAUAAAUCUGAAUGUAGAGAAAGAUACCUUAUCCGAGUUGCAGCGUAAUCGUCGACGCAUGAUGCACAAUGACUUGUUCAGCGAGUUGAAUAAAAGUACAUUGGAUAACCGUUCACUAAUGUAUCUUGAUUUAAAUAGCGAUCUGGCUAAAAAUAGAAAGAAGGUUUUGGAAAGUGAAUACAAUAUCAUCACCGGUAAUUUACAAAUUAAAAGAUCCAGCUCAGUUGUGAAUAUUUCCACGGACUCACCUCUAACACCCAUGUCAACUGCAUCGGAUGAAUAUAAUUUACCAGCAUAUGGUUUAAGUGACGGAGAGGCUGAUAAAUGCAAUGGAAAUUUCUGCUCUGAGACUAUGACAGGAACAAACACAAAUGAUCGUAAGACCGAUUUAACAGUAGUAAACACAGAACCUCCUCAAGCAUCACAAUACACUGCGAAUACAUGUUACGAGUCGACGCCUGAAUGUGCCUUGAAUACGGCUGGUGUUAUGGCCAAGCAAGGGUUUAUGUUUCCUGAUGAUUUUAAGCCACUCCAUCGUCAACAAAAUAAAUCAGAAGGGAGCCAUUUUGCUAGCAAUGGUAUUAAGCUAGAAAACGGGGAUGGAGGUCCAUCCGUCGAACCCAAUUAUAAGGAUCCGUACAAACGAUGCGAAGAAUUGAUUGCAACAAACUUUAAAUGCGGUACAUCGAGUCUCUUCAUGCGCCUGAAUACAUUUACGCAUAACUCUACGCAGUUGAGAAAAGACUCUGCCCUAACCGAAUUUUUAACCGAGUUUCUACAGAAGUCGGUCAUAAUUCCAAUGAGUACUCAUUUGGAAUUGAUAAAUAAUGAAGUUAUGCGCAUGUUUCUGCACGAAUUGAAGGUGCUGGACCACUUUCGCAGCUUGCGCAACUACUUUUUCAUGAUGGAUGGAGAAUUCGGUUCUAUAAUAUGCGAUGGAAUUAUAGGCAAGUUGGAGACAGGAGCGAAGCCGGAAAAAUUGUUGAAUUAUCAGAUAUUACAUUCGAUUUUGGACACAGCUCUGGGCGCAAGUAUAACCGGGAAGGAUACAAAUGCGGAGAAUUUGUCUUUUAUUGUUAGUGACGUUCCCGAGAAAUUCGAACUCUCAUCACCGGAUGUUUUAAACAAUCUCAGCCUUAGUUAUCGCAUAAACUGGCCACUAAACCUCAUUUUGAACCCAGAAACACUGGAACAGUAUGCCAACAUUUUUAAAUACCUUGUGCGCGUCCGACGAAUAAGUUGGAUUUUGGAGAGGAGCUAUCAAAUUCUUAAAGAAAACGUCAAACAACAUGGAAAAAGCAUAUUAAGAUCACCCCAGUACAGACAUGUUCAGCUGAUACGACAUAAAUUUUAUCACUUUGUUGUACAUUUGCAAAAUCAUAUAACAUCCAAUGCCUUGCAAGCCUCCUGGAAAACCUUCAAGGACGAACUUGUUGCGGCAAAGACAAUCGAAGACAUAUACCGGAAGCAUACCAUAUACAUAAAGCGCAUACUGUUCUUGUGCAUGCUGAACAAAAGGAGUGCGGAGUUCUACAAUGCAAUAGACAAUGUCUUUAAAAUCUCUAUACGUUUUUACAACAACCUGAAAUCUAGGGAGUUCAAACUGAAACCUGGCGAAGAAUCCUUCACACAUUCCCGAUACGAGAAAUUAGUGAACGAUGAAAUUGACUUCAACAAGUUAAUUAAAUACACCAUAUAUUUGGGCAAUAAAAUAGUUCGACAUGGCUAUCAAGCAGAAAUUGGCGAAUUUAUAAAUUUGAUUAACUACAAUCAGUAUUUUCUGAAUUCAAUAUGCUAA